AAGGUUCGAGAAGUGUUUGGAAGGAUUGUAUUUCUUCCAAUUCCAUCAGGUAAGGUAAGGGUUUCUUCCGGCUUGAAGUUUCCGUGCAAUAGCGGGAUGAACGGCGACCAUUUCAAUCGGUAUAGUCUGCUCUGGCAAAUGUGGUAUACAUAAAAGAAAGUUCCAGAAGUUUGGUGCUCUCGGAAGCGUUGUAUUUCCAUUUCCAUCAGGUAAGGGUUUCUUUCGGCUCCGGUGCAAUGGCGGGAUGAACGGCGACGUUGCGGCGGCCAUUUCUAUCGAAGAGAUGGGUUUGAUUGCUGAAAGAGGGAUAGCUGCUCAUUAUAGUUGUAAAGUUUUUGUAAAUGGCAGAAACUCCCGAGGAAAAACAGUCUGCCUCAACAAUGAGAAUGUUGCUCUUAGGAUUAAUUGGCUUCCGAGGGUGGCAGGAGCAGUUUUUGGGAAAUAUGAGCUAUAGGGAAUUUGUUGAUACAAUCACCAGGGAUCUUCUUGGCAGCCGUUGCUUUGUAUUCACACCAAAAGGAGAGAUUAAAAAUCUUCCCAAGGGUGCAACUGCCAUUGAUAACGCAUAUAUGAUACACUGUGAUACUGGGAACAAAAUGGUUGCUGCAGAUGUACUUUCCUGUAUAUACUCUGCAGCAGUACUCUGUUUUGUCUUGUUAAAUUGCCUGCAAUUCUUGUGUCAGUAG